AUGGUGAGAAUGGAUGAAAAUCAACCACUUUUAGGCGGUCAACAUAAUCGUGAAACAAUGGAAUCGACCAAUUGUGUAUAUACAAUUUGUUCUCAGUGUCGUUGUUUGCCAACACGAUACGUGCUAGCUUUAAUGGGAUUCCUAGGUUUCUAUUGCCAUAUUGCUUUACGAGCUAAUUUGAGUAUCGUAAUGGUCGCAAUGACCAAUACCACUGUGGACACUAGCUACAAUAGUUCGGCGGUCGAGUGCCCAAAGUACAAUAUCACUGGAACACAGUUAAUCGGGGAAUUCGACUGGGAUCACAAAUUACGAGGGUCAUUUUUCUAUGGAUUUAUCAUAACGCAAGUGCCAGGUGGAUGGUUAGCGGAAAAAUGGGGCGGCAAACGUUUAUCCGGUUAUUCUAUGCUUGGUACAUCAAUUUUGAACAUACUAACUCCUAUCGUAGUGCGUCAUAGCGUUGGCCUCAUGAUAGCCUCUCAAAUAAUUCAAGGCAUAUUAGAGGGAGUACGACUGCCUGCUAUGCACGCUAUCUGGGCGCGCUGGGCUCCACCAUUUGAGAGAAGCAAAUUAACUUCGUUUACGUAUUCAGGUGUUUAUUUCGGUAUGGCAACUACCUUAGUCUUAUCUGGAUACCUCUGUGCUCGAUUUGGUUGGACAAUAACUUUUUACAUAUAUGGUGGAAUCGGUUUAGCAUGGUUUGUAGCCUGGAUGUUGCUAGUAUUCGAUUCACCAUCCGAGCAUCCUUACAUUUCAUCGGAAGAGCUGACUUUCAUUCACGAUGCCAUUGGCCUGUCUCUGUCUCAGAAAAAGGUAUGA